UUUUUGUUUACGCGGCAUUUUGUUCUUCGGAACAUGAUGUCGAGUGGAGUCAGAUGUUCUGGAAGGAAUGAUCCUAAUUGUUCCAAUACAUUUAACCAAAAAACACCAGAAUGCGAACCACUUCCAGAUUACCAUUUUUACUGUCAACUUGCCCAUGGAAGCCCUACCGGAAUUAUUCAUGGUUUUAAAACAGUCCGUCAGCUCCACACGAAAAUAUCGGAGUGUUUUGAUAUAAAUCCAUCUCAGAUCAUGUAUUGCACACGUAAUACACAUAAAUUAGAUAUGGAUAAAUUAUUAAGUUAUGAAAUUGGUUUAAAUGAUUUUUUAUUUGCACAUAUUAAAGGACAACCAAAAGAGAUUAAAAUACGUAAAACAAGUGAAUCAUUUGGUUUAACAUUAACAGAUAAUGGUUGUGGUGUAGUCAUUAUAAAACGUAUUAAACCUGGAGGUUUUAUGGAUAAAGUAUCUAAAGCAUGUUAUGGUUUAAUACAACCUGGUGAUCAAAUUGAAAAAAUUGAUGAUAUUUCAUUUAAUGGUCGACGUCAUUAUCAUGUAGCAUCUUAUUUACAAAGUAUUCCUAUCACAAAUGUAUUUUGUCUACGAUUAAUUUCACCAGAACGUUGUCCUAUGUAUAUGAUAAGUUCACGUUCAAAAGGUAGAAAUAGUCAUGUUGGAUCAGGCAAACGAACUAUUCGUUUUAAACAAGAUGGAAAUUUAGAAGAAAAUGAGAUUGUAGAUGUUGAAAUUGAAGGAAUUCAAAGAAUUAAUGAAAUACUUGGUGAUAGUCUUGGUUUUGAAGAUAAUGAGCUUGCAUUCUAUCUAUAUAAAUUAGCUAAAUCAUCAUUAAAUCCAAAUGAUUUAGAACAACAUAUGAAUAGAAAUAAUAAAUUAUUUGAAUUUAUAUUACCUAAAACAUUAAUUCAUUUAUUAUGGAAAACCGCUCAUUUCAAUGAAUCUAAUUCAAUGAAUCAUAUUAUUCAUACUAAAUAUAAUGAUCAUUAUCAUUGAAAGUUUUAUAAUGAAAUAAAAUGAAUGAAUAUCAUAUUAUAUAUAAUAGUAAUUCUAUCAUUGUUGGUUCAUGAAUAAAUAUACAAUUCCAUGUAUGUGAUAAUAUAGAAUAGGUGAAUCAGGAUUUUCACUACCGGUGAAAAGGAAGACAUUACUAUCUCUCAAUCACUCACUCUCACUCUCUCUCUCUCGUUAUCCUUCCCCUAUUCUUCUGCUUGCGCUCUAUUUCUCUGUCGCCUGUCUACCCGUUCCGCAUUACUAUCUCUCACUCACUCACUCACUCACUCACUCACUCACUCACUCACUCACUCACUCACUCACUCACUCACUCUCUCCCUCUCUCGCUCCCGUUAUCCUUCCCCUACUCUUCUACAUGCUCUCUAUUUCUCUAUCGCCUGUCUACCCGUUCCGCAUUACUAUCUCUCAUUCUAUAUAUAUAUCUCUCUCUAUCUCUUUAUCCUUCUCCUAUUCUUCUGCAUGCGAUAUUCUUCUCUAUCCCUCGUAUAUACUUCUGGGCGCUCUCUUUCUCACUCUCUCUAUAUCCCUCUCUUUUUCUUUCUAUGUUACUUGUAAUUAUAAGUAUGGAAAAUAGUUUAAUUGAAAACGCUUUAUUGAACGAUGUAUAAUUUUUAACACUUUAAAUAUGAAUAUAUAUUGAAUGAAAUUAUUUUAAUGCAUAAUUUAUCUGAUUAUUGUGUGUACAUUUUAUUUAUAUAUGAAUAAUAAUAUUUAUUCAUUAAAA